AUGGCCGUCGACUGUGUACCACAAUGCACUUCACCGGUAGUUGAAGACCACGUGUGCACUUUCAUUUUCAAUGACGACGCAAUUAUGGGGAAAACAGUCGUAGCAGAUGAUCAGCCACAGAACUACAUCUACGAAGUUUUGAAGUCCGGAAAAUGGUGUAUCGGUUUGAUAAUUGGACAACUGACGUCACAGAGGGAUUUUGUAGUAAAACUUAUCCGCACACCAGAGCCUGUGGAGGAUGAUUGCAAGGACGAUGAGGAAUCGUCAUCACCAUCAAAGAAAAGAAGACGAAGCCGACCCGACAGUCUAAUGGGCGUAGACGAACAAUGGAUGGUGCUUCACGCAAAACAGGUCACUCGAAUGUUGCCUGGGGGAAUUGACGUCAUUGGACUCUUUGUGGUGGCUCCGCCUAAAAUGAUGCAGCAAGCGCAACCUAAACUACGUCAGAUGCUGUUUGCCAUCCAUAAAGCUCAGAAAAGAUCCUUUCCCAUCGAAAAUGACCAGACUAUUACAGACCGUGUUCUGCUUCAGGUUUGUUCAGAAACGAAAAAGUUUACUUGUCGUUCCUUGGACGUGUCUGACCCUAAAAGCGACUUAAAACCAGCUGACUGGAAAGUUCAGUCGACAGCAGAAUCCUGGCACAAGCUAGAGUCCCGUGUCAGUGUAAAUAUUCACGUCAACAUCCCGCAAAAAAACCAAGAUCAGCUGUUUUUUAAGCGGAUUCAGAGUGCCAUACUGCCUUAUUGCCAGAGAAUUCAGGAGAGUGUUGUGCUGAUAAAUGACCAGUUACGCAGCGGUCAGGAUCCACUCAGCUCAUCACAACCUGAGGGGAAGAGAGGUAAAGGGAGAAACACGGCCAUGAUGAAGAAAGAGACCAUGAAGGUCGAAUUUCUAACUCAGCUGGAAUCAAGCAUUUCAACAGCUCCAGUAAUCGAGGACUGCAGCUCACGCAUGACCAUUAAAGGCUGUAUAAGUUGUCGAGCCUUCGUACACUCCCGUUCAACAGUGGAUGAAGCAACAUAUGCAAUAAAAUCAGACUUCAUCCGAAGUUUAAUUAGUCGCUGUGAAUUACUUAGUGAGGACAUUGAUGUUAUUGAAGAGGACACAAAAGUCAAAGAACUUUACGAUACACCAGUCCGAGUAUUUGGAUGUAUUCCAGCAUCCUCCAUCGAAUUUUGCGAUUACAUGUUUCAGGAUGAAAAAAUUGAAGAGGUUACUGACAGAAUUAAGGAACUGCUUGAUGUCAUGGUAACAGAGAAUGAUCUUGACCUGUCAAGUGAAAAAGUGGCCACAGAAGACGACUGGUCAACAGCCCAAGAUUCCCCACCAGAAAAACUGACUGAUGAGAAUUUAGAAGUCCAAGCGAAAGAAAUUCCUAUGGGUGUAAUCAUCAGUGUGCUAGUGUUGAUUUUAGCUGUUGUGUUGUAUACUGUUAUAACUUAGGUUGUAACGGUCAACAAUGUCGAGUGUUCCGUGGCAUAAUUGAUAACCUUAUUCUGUAUGUAUGUGGAAAAAAUCUGUUCAGAUACUGAGCUGAUGUUACCUGUUAAAUGUUGUACUGUUACAAUAAAACUACACAAGUGUU